GCAAAAAGCAAGAGAAGUCCCUAGAAGAAGAUAAUAUUACAAUCACCCCCCUCUCCUCACCUCUCCUCCAAAUUUUUUAUUUUUCGGUACUCUACUGACUCCUCUCUCACUGUGCGGAUCGAAACACUCCUCCCGUCUCAAUUUAAAUUUAUCAUCUUUCAAUCCUCUCGACCAUUUCCCGUCAUUAGAAUCCCCUUUUCGCGUCGGAUUAAUUCGACUAAUUUUUCUUUUUUUUGGGGUUUUUGCGGCCGAAUAUUGCUCGUGAUUGGCGUGUUUCGAUCGAGAUAAUUUUUGAAAAAAGAAAUGAGUGAUACUGAUGAUCAGCAUUCGUCGCAUUCGUCGGGCGUAGGCAGCAAGCACAGGAAGCAAGAAUUCAGUAAAUAUAAUCUGUACAAAGAUUCAUCCCCCGCGAAUGAUCUUUGGACAGACGGUCUUCUUUGCGCUUUCGAGCUCGUCAGGAGCCACCGCCGGCCGAGCCCGCAUAGAACCGACCCCCUGAUCCACCGCACGCAGCAGCGUGAUAACGGAAACGGUGUAUCAGAACCCAAAAACACGAAUCCGCGGGGUGUUUCGGAUGGCACUUGGGUUCCGAUUGGAUGGUCUCGGAUUUCGGAACUGACGCGGAGGGUCCAAACCGAUGCUCGCUGGGCGUCUCAGCAGAUAGACGGUACUACCGAUGAGGAGGAGGAUUAUACCGUGGCCGACGUGGCCGCUCCCUAUUGGGAGCGGCCGUCGGGGCCCACUUGGUGGUGCCACGUGGUCGCGGGCCAUCGCUCCGUCGAUGCGUGGCUGAGCAAUGCUGACUGGUUGCAUCCGGCCAUCAGAACGGCUCUCAGGGAUGAGAAUCGGCUGAUCAGCGAACGGAUGAAGCAUCUUUUGUAUGAGGUCCCAGUUAGGGUGGCAGGAGGGCUGCUGUUUGAGCUCUUGGGUCAAUCCGUUGGUGACCCAUUUCGCGAGGAAGACGACAUACCUAUUGUUCUUCGAUCUUGGCAAGCGCAAAAGUUUCUGAUAACCGUGAUGCAUGUGAAAGGUUCUGCAUCAAACAUAAAUGUGUUGGGAAUUACCGAAGUUCAGGAACUUCUUCUUGCUGGUGGAAGUCAAGCACCUAAGUCCGUUCAUGAAGUCAUAGCGCAUUUAGCUUGUCGUCUUUCUCGAUGGGAUGAUAGAUUAUUUCGCAAGUAUGUAUUUGGAGAAGCAGAUGAAAUUGAGUUGAAGUUUGUGAAUAGGAGGAAUUAUGAGGAUUUAAAUCUACUCAGCAUUAUACUAAAUCAAGAAAUUAGGAGGUUGGCAACGCAGGUCAUCAGGGUCAAGUGGUCGCUGCAUGCACGGGAAGAGAUUGUAUUUGAGCUUCUCCAGCAUCUCAGGGGAAAUGCCACAAGAAAUAUGCUAGAAGGUAUUAGAAAGAGUACAAGGGCUAUGUUGGAGGAGCAAGAGGCCGUUCGUGGUCGACUGUUCACAAUUCAGGAUGUCAUGCAAAGCACUGUUCGCGCAUGGUUGCAGGACAAAAGCCUUCGUGUUACCCACAAUUUGGCCAUUUUUGGUGGCUGCGGCAUGGUCCUGUCGAUAAUUACUGGUCUUUUUGGGAUCAAUGUGGAUGGAAUACCGGGAGCCCAAAAUACCCCAUAUGCUUUCGGCUUAUUCUCAAGGCUUCUCUUCUUUCUAGGAAUAAUCCUGAUUGGGGUCGGCAUGCUGUAUCUUGGGUUACAAAACCCAAUCACCGAAGAAAAGGUCAAAGUGCGGAAGUUGGAACUACAACAGCUGGUUUCGAUGUUCCAGCAUGAUGCGGAAACUCAUGCCAAAGUUAGAGAUCAUCUCAGCAGGCAAAAUUUAUCUCCAACUGCUGCUGACGUCAUGUCCGAAGCUGGAUAUGUUCUUAUUCCUUAAGACUGGGCAUCAGCAGAAACCAAUUGUGCCAUUUGAAGUCUGGACUCUUCGAGACACGGCAAAUACGACUGUCAGGUGCAGUUCCCCUUUUCCGGCUGCGAUAACCCAAACGCGAAUGUGCAUCAAGUCCUCGGUCGGGAGUGCUCCAAUUUUAUCGCUGCGCUGCCUCCGUAAUUCGUGUAAACUUUUCUUACGAAUCGGCCCUUUUGGCCUCGGCUAGUAUGCAAGUUUAUGGUGGUUAUCAGACAAGAAUUUUUUUACCUAUUUGCGUGUAUGUGAAAUUAUUGAAGUUCUCUGCUGAACUCAAAGUGAGGACUGAAAUCAGGAAAUACUAACAAGUGCCACAUUUGAAUGUCUCAACCUUUGUUAUUCAUA